UAACGAGAGAUUUUUUUUAGGGGGAGGGGGGACGCGAGAACAUAUCGUGCUGCAAUUAGUUCAUUGAAAACUCAGUCGCUCGCGGAGCGGUCAGACGGAGACUCCUCUCGGCAUUUUUCCCUCCUGCCUAAGGAUCUCCUGCGGAGAGCUGCAACAAUGCCCAAAAGAAAGGCUGCAGGUGAUGCCAGUCAGGAGCCAAAGAGAAGAUCUGCCCGACUGUCUGCUAUGCCUGUGCCCUUUACACCACCAGAGUUGAAACCUAAAAGAGCAUCUACUCCAAGGAAAGUGAAGACCACAAAUGUUGUUGUGGAAGAAAACAAAGAUGCAGCUGCCAUAACAAUUCCUGACCCCAAGCCAGAAGAUGUUAAAGAAGAGUGCAACAUGGACAGUGCCGAAAACGGCGAAGCCAAAAUGGUGGAGGCACCCAUUCCUAAAAUGGAAGCUGAGGAAGUAAAGGAACAGAUGAAUGAAGACACUGAAGAAGACGGAGGAGAAAAGAAAGAAGCAGAGGCAGCAGAAGGAAAGGAGGAGGAGCUAGAAGAAAAUGUCCAAACUAUCGAGAAGGAUGAAACUGGAAAGGAGGACAAAGAUGAUGGCGAGGAGGUGAAAGAUGGAGAAAGGGAAGAAGUCCUGGAAGAGAAAAUCGAUGCGGCAGAAAGUGAGGCUGCAAAGGAGAACAAGGAUGCUGAAGAGAAAGGAGGCGAUGAGGAAGAAGACAACAAAGAGGAAGGGGCUGGGAAGAAGGAAGAAGAGAAAGAUGACAAACAAGAGGAGGCUGAAGCGGAGGAAGAAGUGAAAGAACAGGAGGAGGAGGAAGAAGAGAAAGGCGGAAAAUUCGAGGAAGAAGAAGAGGAAACUAAGGAAGAUGGGAAGGAAGGCCAGAGUGAGGAAGAGGGCAAGGAGAAAGAUGACGGGAAAGAGGAAGAUAGAAAGGAGGAAGGAGGAGAAGAAAAAGAGGUUGCAGGGGAAGGAAAUGAUGAAACCAAGGUGGAGGCUGAAAAAGAAGCUGAAAACCAAGAUUUCCAACAAGAUGAAGAAGAAGAGGGGUCUCUGCGCAUUGUCUAAAACUGCCCUAUGUGAUGUCAUCAUUUGGUAACAUGUACCUUCCUGUUGUAAUGUUAAUAGAGAUAAAUAUUUUUAUCAGAUAUUUUAUAAACAGUGCUUUUCUUUAGCAUCAUUCAAUCUUGGAACAUCAUCAUUCAGGUUAUUAGUUGCAAAAUACCUAACAUGACACCUUUAUACAUUUGUGAUUACCGUAGUGCAAAACAUAAAAUGUAUACUUGCAACUUUGUGAAUUUCACUGUGUGUAAGUUAUAUAUUAAAUCUUUGAUUUUCAAUUUUAUUCUUAUACGUGAUAAUUUUGCAAAGUAGGAGAAUUCGAGAAGAAAGAGUUUGGUACAACUUUGCUGUAGUUCUGUAGGUUGCUUUUAUAAAGAAGGUCAACUAUUUUCAGGUAAUGUUAAGAGUUAGAAUUGCCAUUACCAAAUAUAACUGUAUUAGUAGCUUGGAAAGAAUAUAAAAUCUUAAUUUCAUUUUUGAAUAAAUUUGAAUGUUUAUUUCAGGAGGGCAGUUUUGAUUAUAUGUGUAUGCACAAAGUUUUGCUGGGUUUAUCAUAAUAAAAAAGUUCCACAAAGGUCA